AUGUUUGACGACCAAGACCUGGGUUUCUUCACCAACUUCCUGGGCAUCUUCAUCUUUGUGUUGGUCCACUUUGUGAUGGAGGACCCGAAGUACGACAACUGA